AACAUAAGGGCCCCUAUUGGCACGCAGACUGCUUUCGCUGCUACAAGUGCUACAAGUUGCUAGUCAAGGAGUCUUUCAGUGCUAAGGAGGACGGCAUCAUAUGUGGGAAGUGUAGGAGAGGAUGCCCCUCGUUGUCACACCUGCUACAAAUCCAUUCUAGCCGGCUCUGAGAAUGUGGAGUAUAAAGGCGAGGCACGAGGACUGCGGCACGAGGACUGCUUCACCUGUUUCCACUGUAAAAAACAACAACAUCCGCUCUCAAAGCUUCCUGACCAAAGGCCCUCACCACAGGGGGAGUGAACUACCAAGAGCAGCCAUGGCACUCGGAGUGUUUUGUCUCCAGCUCCUGUCAAAAGCCACUAGCUGGGACCCGCUUUACCUCCCAUGAGGAGAAGGCUUUCUGUGUGGACUGCUACAAGACUACUGUAGCCAAGAAAGGCAGCGGCUGCCAGAACCCCAUUACAGGUCAAAACAAACACACACGCACACACACACAAAUUUCACUAUUGAACGAUUGUACACAUUUGUAAUUGUUUGUUGUUUAUUCUCUGUCCUUCUGGUUUCGGCAAAGCCACCAAUGUGGUGAAUUACGAGGGCAGCUCCUGGCAUGAGUACUGCUUCAACUGCAAGAAGUGUUCCCUGAGCGUGGCUAACAAGUGCAUUGUGGCCAAUCCAAGGGAUAUCUUCUGCUCAGAAUGUGCCAAGAAGCUCUGAGUCUUCGUCGUGUAAAUAAAGAAGAAUGUAUUCUUAUCACGCUGCGCCUUGGUCUCCUCGUUAUGACGAACGUGACAGAAUAACCCACCAAACAAGGACCAAGCAGCGUGAAAAGGAGGAACAGCGCUUAAUGGGGAGAUGGACCUGGGAGGAGAUAUUAGAUGGAGCAGGACCCUGGACACAGCCGGGGGAGUAUCGCCGUCCUAAGUAGGAGUUAGAGGCAGCGAAAGCGGAACAGUGAUAUUACGAGGUGCAUGUCCUGAGGUGUGUGUCCCCAGCCCGGUACCACCAGUGCCGGCACCAUGCACCAGGCCUACAGUGCGCCUCAGCAGUCCAGAGCGUCCGUCGACAGUGCCCAGUCCUUAGUGUCUGGCGACAGUACCCAGUCCAGAGCAUCCGGCGACAGUUUACAGUCCGGCGACAAUGCCCAGUCCUUAGUGUCUGGCGACAGUACCCAGUCCAGAGCAUCCGGCGACAGUUCACAGUCCGGUACCGCCAGCGACGGACCCCAGUCCGGUACCGCCAGCGACGGGCCACAGACCGGUACCGCCAGCGACGGGCCCCAGUCCGGAACCUCCAGCGACGGACCCCAGUCCGGUACCGCCAGUGACGGGCCACCGUCCGGUACCGCCAGCGACGGGCCCCAGUCCGGAACCUCCAGCGACGGACCCCAGUCCGGUACCGCCAGCGACGGGCCCCAGUCCGGUACCGCCAGCGACGGGCCCCAGUCCGGAACCUCCAGCGACGGGCCCCCGUCCGGAACCUCCAGCAACGGGCCCCAUUCCGGAACCUCCAGCGACGGGCCCCAGUCCGGAACCUCCAGCGACGGGCCCCAGUCCGGAACCUCCAGCGACGGGCCCCAGUCCGGAACCUCCAGCGACGGGCCCCAGUCCGGUACCGCCAGCGACGGUCCUCAGUCCGGAACCUCCAGCGACGGGCCCCAGUCCGGAACCUCCAGCGACGGGCCCCAGUCCGGAACCUCCAGCGACGGGCCCCAGUCCGGAACCUCCAGCGAAGGGCCCCAGUCCGGAACCUCCAGCGACGGGACCCAGUCCGGAACCUCCAGCGACGGGACCCAGUCCGGAAUCUCCAGCGACGGGCCCCAGUCCGGAACCUCCAGCGACGGGCCCCAGUCCGGAACCUCCAGCCACGGGCCCCAGUCCGGAACCUCCAGGGACGAGCCCCAGUCUGGAACCUCCAGCGACGGUCCCCAGUCUGGAACCUCCAGCGACGGUCCCCGUCUGGAACCUCCAGCGACGGGCCCCAGUCUGGAACCUCCAGCGACGGGCCCCAGUCUGGAACCUCCAGCGACGGUCCCCAGUCCGGGAUCUCCAGGGACGGUCCCCAGUCCAGAACAUCCUGCGAUGAUCCACGCAGCGAGGGUCUCCAGCCCUCCAGCGACGGGCCCCAGUCUGGAACCUCCAGCGACGGUCCCCAGUCUAGAACAUCCGCCGAUGAUCCACGCAGCGAGGGUCCCCAGCCCGGGGCCUACGGCGAGGACUCAGUGUAAAGAAGAGGGGCGGUGUCCAGAACCAGAGCCGCCACGAGGUUAGAUGCCCACCCAGACCCUCCCAUAUAGGUUUAGGUUUGCGGCCGGGAGUCCGCACCUUUGGGGGGGAGGUACUGUCACGCCCUGACCUUAGUUAUCUUUGUUUUCUUUAUUAUUUUGGUUAGGUGGUUUGUGUAAUUUUUGUAUUGUCUAGGGGGUUUUGUAUGUCUAGGGGUUUAUAUGUCUAUGGUUGCCUAGAUUGGUUCCCAAUCAGGGGCAGCUGUUUAUCGUUGUCUUGUUGUUUUGUUAGUUUGUUUAGUGUUCUUCGUGUAAAUAAAGAAGAAUGUAUUCUUAUCACGCUGCGCCUUGGUCUCCUAGUUAUGAGGAACGUGACACAGUGGGCCUACUAUGCCAGUGUGUCAGGUUGUAAUGCUGAAAGUAAUUGUUUUACAUUUAAUUUUACAGCGAUAGUGUGGGAUACAAACAUCUGGGUUAGAAUCAGUUGAUUCAGUCGGGUAUUCAACUGUCUUUGUUAAGAUUGGGGUCAUAUUCAAUAGGAGACAUUUCAACCCUGGGGUACAUCACAACUGUAACUGUCCAUUCAAAGGUCUUAAAGGGAAAGAUGAUGUCCCAUAGCGAUUACUCAUAAUAGCUAUUGUGACGGGUAUGGCAUUUGUGGGUUUGUUAUCAAGAAUAAAAUAAUAUAUUAUUUCCACAAAA